AUGAGCCUCGCAUGUACAACCUUGGCCAGCUUCCUCCUGAUUUUCAUUGUUUCCAACAAAGGUACAGUCUCUCAAAUUACUGAGGUUGUCUGGGGCAUCGUGGAUCAAGACAUCAACCUGGACAUUCCUGAACUUUCAAAACAUGAUAACGUAGAUCAUAUACGAUGGCAGAAGAAUGAAAACAAGAUCGCAGAAUUUAAAAAAAACAAAGAAACUCACCCUGUGAAAGACACAUACAUGAUGUUACCAAAUGGAACUCUGAGAAUUAAAGAUCUGAAGAGAGAUGAUGAGGGUAUCUACAAGGUAACUGUCUAUGCUACGGAUGGAAAACACAUGCUGGAGAGAAAAUUUGAUUUGCAGAUUCUAGAUGGGGUCUCAAAACCUGUAAUCUCCUGGAGCUGUGCCAACAAAACGGUGACCUGUGAGGUAGCAGAAGGAAGUGACCCUAAGUUAAAACUGUAUGUAAAUAAGUCCACUGCCAGAGAAGGUCGUCAGAAGGUCAUCCUGUGGAAGUGGAACACCAAAUGGAGCACAUUAUUCAAGUGUGUGGCCAGUAACAACGCCAGUGAGCAAAUCAGCAUGGUGACCAUCAGUUGUACGGGGCAAGGUCUGGAUAUCUAUCUCAUCAUCGGCAUCUGCGGAGGAGGCACCGUAUUCCUCAUCUUCAUAGCACUACUCAUAUUCUACACCAGCAAGAGGAAAAAGCAGAGCAGCAGGAGAAAUGAUGAGGAGCUGGAGAUAAGAGCGAAGAGAGCGAGCCCCGAGGAAAGGGGCCGGAAGCCCCAUCCAUUUCCAGGCUCAACUCCUCAAAAUCCGGUCAUUUCCCAAACUCCUCCAAUGCCUGGUCAUCGUUCUCAGGCACCUACUCCUCGUCCCGGGCCUCCUGGCCCCCGUGUCCAGCACCCACAGAAGAAGAGGCCUCCUCCUACCCCGGGCACACAAGUUCACCAGCAAAAAGGCCCUCCCCUCCCCAAGCCUCGAGUUCAAACAAAACCUACCCAUGAGGCCAAAGAAAACUCAUAA